GUGUGUGUACUGUACCACUCCAGCGUUCCUUCACUCCCCAAGCCUGUUCACUUGCUCCUUGGACGUCGUGCGUGCGUCUGCAGUAGCGCCGUGUCUCUCCACUGGCAGCAGAUGUUAGAGAGCCGCGCGUGAACCACAGCAGAAUGGCGCUCUUGCACAAGUUCAUGCUGGCGAGUGCGCUCAGCAUGGCCUUCGGGACAACAGAACGAACAGAUACCGUGGAGCCACAGCUGCCUGGGGGAUGCCACGCACUGCCAUCGCUCCUGCAGUCCGCGGGCUCUUCCCUAACGUGCAUUGCAGCCUCCUUGAUCAACUGUCAAGCAAACGAAAAUGAUCAGCUGUCCAUAGUGCAGGACCUGCGAGACACCAUGUCCGAGGUGCGGCGAGCGAUUGUCGACGCGGAGAGGCGGCGGCGGCGGCCGAGGCACUGCCGCGACCUGCAGCUCGACGGCGACUCCGAGUCGGGCGUCCGGCGCGUGUUCCCCUUCCGCAGUUCGCCCGACGCGGCUGCGACCGUCUACUGCGACCAGGAGACCGACGGCGGCGGCUGGACGGUGUUCCAGAGGCGGCUCAAGCUCCCUGUGAGGGAGGACUUCUACCGCACGUGGGUCGAGUACGAGCUCGGCUUCGGCCACAUGGACGGCGGCGAAUUCUGGCUGGGCCUCGACCUCGUGCACCGCCUGACCUCGACCGGCCUGCAGGAGAUGAGAAUCGACCUCACGGACUACGAGGGCAACGCCAAAUGGGCCAAGUACGGGGUCUUCCACCUGGGGGACGCCAGCACCAAGUAUCGGCUCAAAGUCGGCAGGUACAACGGCACAGCUGGCGAUGGCUUCGGGAGUGGCAGGCACAACGGCCACCCGUUUACCACGAUUGACAACGACAACGACAACAGUGAUUCGAACUGUGCGACCAUCUAUCGCGGUGCUUGGUGGUAUGACAAGUGCCACAUAUCCAACUUGAAUGGGUUUCCUUAUGAAGGCGACCACAAGAGCUAUGCGGACGGUAUCGAGUGGCAACCCUGGAGAGGAUAUAAUUACUCGCUGAAAACUACAGCAAUGAUGAUAAGGCCGGCAUUCUGAAGCUUCACACACACACACACACACACACACACACACACAUUUCAUUGUACCAAAAAUGUAGUUAACAUAACCAUGUGCUUUGGUUUGGAUAUUAAUGCAAACACUGCUGCGAAUCUAUUUCUUGCAAAAUUUAUUAUGAAGUUUGAAAUCUUCAAACUUCAGUUUGUAAUCUUAAAAUAAAUGCUACAGCAAUA